CCCCUUUGUCCCCGCCCCCCCCCCGGCUGGGGGGGUCCCGUCCCCCGGUCCCCACGGCCGGGUGGGUUUGAUUUGGGGGGGGGGCGAUGUAAGGGAGGGGGGGGCAGGAGCUGCGCCAUCGCGGGGGCCGAGCGGGAGGCCCCGCCGCUGCCGCCCCCCCCCCGCGCCAGGCCCCGCAGCGUUUCCCCGUCGGAGCGUGAUGGACGCCGAGGGGGGGCCGUCAGCCCGGGACCCCCCCCGGGACCCCGAGACCCCCGAGGGCACGGCCGCAGCCCUCCCUGGCAGCGAGACCCCCGGGUGCCCGGCGGCGAGGCGGCGGCAGCGGCAGAAGGCACCCGCCCGGCCCCGUGGCAAAGCGUCGGGGGGCUCACGGGGUCUGGGACCCCUGGAGGAGCUUUUGGGGCUGCGGGGGGGCCGUUUGCGCCCCACCAUCUGCGGCGAGUGCGGCAAGGGCUUCAGCCGCAGCUCGGACCUGGCGCGGCACCAGGUGACGCACACGGGCGAGAAGCCCUACACCUGCGGCGCCUGCGGGAAGGGUUUCAGCCAAAACUCCAACCUGGCCACCCACCGGCGCAUCCACACCGGGGAGAAGCCCUACGGCUGCGGGGCUUGCGGCAAACGUUUCAGCGAGAGCUCGGCACUGGUCCAGCACCAGCGCACGCACACCGGGGAGAAGCCCUACCGCUGCGGGGAGUGCGGCAAACGCUUCAGCGUCUCCUCCAACCUCAUCCGUCACCGGCGCACCCACACCGGCGAGAAGCCCCACGGCUGCCCCGAAUGCGGCGAGGGGUUUCGCCAUAAAUCCCAGCUCCGCCGGCACCAGAAGCUCCACGCCGCCUGACGGGGACCCUGGCGCACGGGGACAAGGAGAGGUGGUGCUACCGGUGCCGAUGCUCGGCCAGGAUGGGGACCGUAAGGGAUGGGAUGGGGUUUGGGGAUGCGUGGUACCCGUGCGCCCAGCCCCGGUGCACCCAAAAUCCCCAGGACUGGCCUCAAAAGCCAGGCUGAGGAGGCGCAGCGGGGCCGCAACCUGGAUCAAUAAAAGGUCCCGGUGCCGAA